AAGAUUUGUAAGAGAGAAGGGGGCUGAGGUGGGAAAACAAAAGGGAAAAUUACCAAAAAAAUUCUGUCAAGAAAUUACUUCUUUAAUCGAAUGGAAGCCUGUUAAUCACAGAGAAUCAACUAAUCAGAGGAGACAAAAGGGUCUCCUUUGUUAUCAGCUUACCCUUGACUGUCUGUGUGUUGUUUUCCAGAUAAUCAAGGAAGAAAGCUUUCGAUUUUCAUGGGUGGAUUUGACGAUCAUGGUGGGAUAAUUGGCGAUUGGAUGCCUCCGAGCCCUAGCCCUAGGUCUUUUUUUGCAGCUAUGUUGGGGGAUGAUCCUGGUUCAAGAUCAGUACCCGACCCUCCAAAACAUGAUACCAAUAACGACACCGGGUUCACUUUCCCUGGACCAAAUCCCCAAAUCGGGUCUGAAAAUGGUGAUGCCACAAAAUCAAGUGAGUUUGGUGAUCAAAAAACGAGCUCAAGGGCACCUCUUGUUGAAAGAAUGGCAGCUAGAGCUGGUCAUAAUGCUCCUAGGUUGAAUACAGAGAUUAUAAAAUCUUCUGAUAAUUCACAAACUCAACAAUCUCCAUAUUUAUUUUCACCUGGUGUUAGCCCAACUUCUUUUCUGGAAUCACCUGUUUUCCUUUCCAACUCAUUGGUUCAACCAUCUCCAACUACUGGAAAGUUCCAAUUUGUUCCAAAUGGUAAUGGUAGAAGCUCCAUGAUGUUCUUGGAUUCCUCUAAUAGGGUUAAAGAAAAUUUCUUUGAGGACACUAAUAACACUUCUUUUGCCUUUAAGCCUUUCCCAGAUUCAGCUCCUGUAUCUCGUGAUCAUGUGAAUCCACCUUUCAUGUCUACACAAUCUUUUCAACAUAAUGAAACUCUAGUUCAAUCUGAAAGACAAUUCCCUCCACAAAAGAUUGAACCAACACAAAAUGAAACAUCUUCACUCCAUAUUCGCUCAGGCUUUCUUAAUGGCAGUUCUGAAAGAUCUCAAGAACAUCAUGAAGAUGAUGCAGAUCAAAGAAUAAAUGGAGAUAUUGGUAAUAAUUCCAACAGUGCCUCAUCUGAAGAUGGAUAUAAUUGGAGGAAAUAUGGACAGAAACAAGUGAAGGGAAGUGAGUAUCCAAGAAGCUAUUACAAAUGCACUCAUUUAAAUUGUCCUGUUAAAAAGAAAGUUGAAAGGUCCCACGAGGGUCAUAUAACUGAAAUUAUUUACAAAGGGGCCCACAAUCAUCCCAAACUCGGGCCCACUAAAAGAUCUGGACUUGGAUGUUCAAACAUGUUAAGUGACAUGCAAGGUGAUGGAAAUGACCAAGGUGGGAAUGGUGGCCAGUGGGGGCAGGAAGGUAAUUAUGAGGUGACGUCUUCUGGGAUGGCUAUGCAGGGGCAAAACGGUCAUUUUGAAUCUAGUGAUGCUGUGGAUGGGUCCUCUACAUUUUCAAAUGACGAAGAAGAUGACCGUGCGACACAUGGCAGCGUGUCACUUGGUUAUGAUGGUGAAGGAGAUGAAUCCGAGUCUAAAAGAAGAAAAGUUGAAGCAUAUGCAGCUGAUGUAAGUGGGGCCACCCGGGCCAUAAGGGAGCCGAGGGUAGUUGUGCAAACAACCAGUGAAGUGGACAUUCUUGAUGAUGGAUACCGCUGGCGUAAAUAUGGACAAAAAGUUGUCAAAGGAAACCCAAAUCCCAGGAGUUAUUACAAGUGUACAAGCACAGGAUGCACAGUGAGGAAACAUGUGGAAAGAGCUUCACAUGAUUUAAAAUCAGUUAUAACAACCUACGAAGGGAAACACAACCAUGAUGUGCCAGCUGCACGUAACAGUAGUCAUGCUAAUAACAACAACAACAACAACAUGACUCCAGAAGCCCUAUCGAUGCCUGAGCCAUCUCGUAUGCAAACCGCCAUGGCCCGCUUCGAUAGGGCUCAGGCUCAGGUAAACCAUCAUUAUGGUUUACCUGGUGGUGGUCAUGGUCAAAUGGGUGGUCCCACUGGGAGUGGGACCACCCAUGGAUACAACGGGUAUCCAAUGAGCCAACAAGGACCGGGUGGGUUGGCUCAUAUGGGUCUCAGUCUGGCUAACCAUCACCAUAGCCAUGGGAAAAUGCCUGUUCUUCCUGUUCAUCAUUAUUUAGGUCAGCCACAGCCGUUGAUGUUGCCAAAAGGUGAACCGAAGGUGGAGCCCAUGUCGGACCCUGGUGCACCCAUUUACCAUCAGAUGAUGAACCGGUUGCCACUUGGGCCACAGAUGUGAAAAUUGGAAUUCGAUCAAGAUUUGAGUUUUUUUUGGGGAAAGAGUAGAAGAAAAUGGGCUUCAUGUUGCAUCAUCUUUUGUAGGGGUUUUCUUGUUUUUAAGUGCUUAUUUCAAGAUUCUGAAACUACAUUGGGAGAAGGUUUUUUAUCCUUUAUACAUAAAUAUUAUAUUAUUAUAUAUAUAUGACAAUUUGAACAUUAGUGUAUGUUCCAUUUCGGCAAUGCUACGCAAUUUUGUAGUCGGGAGUUUGGUUAUUUA